AUGAAGACAAUGGCGGCAGUGACGAUGGGGAUCGUGCCUAUCGUGCUGCUUGCUCUUAGUGGAACCUUGGCCUCCGCCGGCUCGGCUCUCAGUGGCAGUAACGCUCACAAAGAGGGAAAUGUGGAACUUCUCGCCGACAAUGGAACGAUCAACAUCAAUUUGCGCAGCCUUCAGGCCGAAGUUGAGACGUGUGACGGCGGAAUUGUCGGCAUCCAGCAGAGCGACAUAUCCUGCUCCUCAAGCUGCGGGUCUUGCGGAGGUACCGGGUGCACUUCCCGAGACGGUGGAUCCGAAGCCUGCUGUGGUGGAGGAGUCAGGGCCUCCGGUCGCUAUUGCUCUGUAACGGGAGAAGCUCCCUGCAUGACCGGCCCGGCCCCUACGCCGGAACCUACGCCGGCCCCUACGCCGCCCCCUACAGAUGAAGUUUCGAUGUGCGACGGCGGAAUUGUCGGCAUCCAGCAGAGCGAUAUAUGCUGCUCCUCAAGCUGCGGGUCUUGCGGAGGUACCGGGUGCACUUCCCGAGACGGUGGAUCCGAAGCCUGCUGUGGUGGAGGAGUCAGGGCCUCCGGUCGCUAUUGCUCUGUAACGGGAGAAGCUCCCUGCAUGACCAAUGAAGUUCCGAUGUGCGACGGCGGAAUUGUCGGCAUCCAGCAGAGCGAUGUAUGCUGCUCCUUAAGCUGCGGGUCUUGCGGAGGUACCGGGUGCACUUCCCGAGACGGUGGAUCCGAAGCCUGCUGUGGUGGAGGAGUCAGGGCCUCCGGCCGCGAUUGCUCUGUUACGGGGGAAGCACCCUGCGUUGUGACUGGCCCGGCCUUCACGCCGGAACCAACGCCGACCCCUACGCUACCCCCUACAGAUGAAGCUUCGAUAUCCUGA